AUGAGAGCUUUACUUAUCUUCUUCUUCUUCUCCUCCUCCUUCUUCUUCUUCUUCUUCUUCUUCUUCUUCUUCUUCUUCUUCUUCUUUCCAUUGUCUUGUAUUCUUUUGCUUAUUGUUAUUCAUGCUUCCAAUCGACAUUAUUUUCUUCUUCUUCUUCUUCUCCCCCUCCGCCUUCUUCUUCUUCUUCUUCUCUUUCUUCUUCUUCUUCUUCUUCUUCUUCUUCUUCUUCUUCUUCUUCUUCUUCUUCUUCUUCUUUCCGUUGUCUUGUAUUCUUUUGCUUAUUGUUAUUCAUGCUUCCAAUCGACAUUAUUUUCUUCUUCUUCUUCUUCUUCUUCUUCUUCUUCUUCUUCUUCUUCUUCUUCUUCUUCUUCUUCUUCUUCCAGGCAGUAUGAUACUGAACUCUCCUCAUUAUUCUGUCUUCCUGGAGGAAUGUACCAACAGUCCCCUUCGUAUCCCUUUGAUUUGCGAAUACUGAAGUUGAUUUUCUUUCUUCCUGGAGGAAUGUACCAACAUCCCCUUCGUAUCCCUGUUGAUUUGCAGAAUACCCUCUCUCCUCAUUAUUCUGUUUCCUGGAGGAAUCCUGGAGGAAUGUACCAACAGUCCCCUUCAAUACCAACAAUCCUUCUCCCUGUUGAUUUGCAGAACACUGAAGCUCCUCAUUAUUCUGUCUUCCUGGAGGAAUGUACCAACAGUCCCCUUCGUAUCCCUGUUGAUUUGCAGAAUACUGAAGCACUCUCCUCAUUAUUCUGUCUUCCUGGAGGAAUGUACCAACAGUCCCCUUCAAUACUGAAGCACUCUCCCCAUUAUUCUGUCUUCCUGGAGGAAUGUACCAACAGUCCCCUUCGUAUCCCUGUUGAUUUGCAGAACACUGAAGCACUCUCCUCAUUAUUCUGUCUUCCUGGAGGAAUAAUACACUCUCCCCAUUAUUCUGUCUUCCUGGAGGAGCACUCCCCUCCCAUUAUUUCUGUCUUCCUGGAGGAAUGUACCAAUUUUCCCCUUCGUAUCCCUGUUGAUUUGCAGAAUACUGAACUCACUCUCCCAUUAUUCUCCCUUCCUGGAGGAAUGUCCUUCCUGAACAGUCCCUUCUUCCCUGUAUCCCUGUUUCCUGAUUUGCAGAAUACCCUGAAGCACUCUCCCCAUUAUUCUGUCUUCCUGGAGGAAUGUACCAACAGUCCCUUCGUAUCCCUGUUGAUUUGCAGAAUACUGAAGCACUCUCCCCAUUAUUCUGUCUUCCUGGAGGAAUGUACCAACAGUCCCCUUCAUAUCCCUGUUGAUUUGCACUACCAUGCUGAAGCACUCUCCCAUUACUGUCUUCCUGGAGGAAUGUACCAUAUGUUCCCCAUUAUUCUGUCUUCCUGGAGAAUAAUACUGAAGCACUCUCCCCAUUAUUCUGUCUUCCUGGAGGAAUGUGCCAACAGUCCCCUUCGUAUCCCUGUUGAUUUGCAGAAUAUCCUCUCCCAUUAUUCUGUCUUCCUGGAGGAAUGUACCAACAGUCCCCUUCGUAUCCCUGUUGAUUUGCAGAAGACUGUACCCCAUAUUCUGUCUUCCUGGAGGAAUGUACCAACAGUCCCCUUCGUAUCCCUGUUGAUUUGCAGAAUACUGAAGCACUCUCCCCAUUAUUCUGUCUUCCUGGAGGAAUGUACCAACAGUCCCUUCCGUAUCCCUGUUGAUUUGCAGAAUACUGAAGCACUCUCCCCAUUAUUCUGUCUUCCUGGAGGAAUGUACCAACAGUCCCUUCGUAUCCCUGAUGAUUUGCAGAAUUCUGAAGCACUCUCCCCAUUAUUCUGUCUUCCUGGAGGAAUGUACCAACGGUCCCCUUCCCUAUUCUGUCUUCCUGGAGAUUUACCAGUCUCCUUAGUCCCUUUGAUUUUACUGAUUUGCAGAAUACUCUCCCAUUAUUCUGUCUUCCUGGAGGAAUGUACCAUAAGUCCCCUUCGUAUCCCUGUUGAUUUGCAGAAUACUGAAGCACUCUCCCCAUUAUUCUGUCUUCCUGGAGGAAUGUACCAACAGUCCCCUUCAAUACUGAAGCACUCUCCCCAUUAUUCUGUCUUCCUGGAGGAAUGUACCAACAGUCCCCUUCGUAUCCCUGUUGAUUUGCAGAAUACUGAAGCACUCUCCCAUUAUUCUGUCUUCCUGGAGGAAUGUACCAACAGUCCCCUUCAUAUCCCUGUUGAUUUGCAGAAUACUGAAGCACUCUCCCCAUUAUUCUGUCUUCCUGGAGGAAUGUACCAACAGUCCCUUCAGAAUUCCUUUAAUUCCUCUCCCCAUUAUUCUGUCUUCCUGGAGGAAUGUACCCCCUUCGUAUCCCUGUUGAUCCUGACACUCUCCCCAUUAUUCUGUCUUCCUGGAGGAAUGUACCAACAGUCCCUUCGUAUCCCUGUUGAUUUGCAGAAUACUGAUCUCCCCAUUAUGUCUUCCUGGAGAAUGUACCAACAGUCCCUUCGUGUCCCUGUUGAUUUGCAGAAUAUGAAGCACUCUCCCCAUUAUUCUGUCUUCCUGGAGGAAUGUACCAACAGUCCCUUCAUUAUCCCUGUUGAUUUGCAGAAUGCUGAAACACUCUCCCCAUUAUUCUGUCUUCCUGGAGGAAUGUACCAACAGUCCCCUUCGUCUUCCUGGAGGAAUCCCUGUUGA